AUGCUCGUGCCGCUCUCACCCUUUUUCCUGACCACACGGCUGGGAGUGCCCGAAAAUGACAUUUCGUUCUGGUCCACCGUGCUCCUGGCGGCCUACGCCGGUGUCCUGCUCCUGGUCGCUCCCUUGUCCGGCAUCUUGAGUGACCGCUUUCGAACUCGCCUGGGUCCCCUGCGACUCGCCAUGCUGGUGCUGGCGGCGGCGAUCGUCAUGAUCGCAACCGCCAAGUCUCUCGCCGUCCUGGUGGUGGGCCGGCUCGCACAGGGCUUUGCCGCCUCCAUCAUCUGGGUCGUCGGGCCGGCCCUGCUGGUCGAAGGGUCGUCGGGCCACGAGGCCGGCCGGGAUAUGGGCUACGUUUCCCUGGCUUGUGGCGCCGGACUACUCUCGCCGCUCUUUUCCGGGCCCCUCUACCACCGUGCGGGAUAUCUAUCGGUCUUUGCCGUGGCGUUCGCAUUGAUCGGAUGUGGCCUCAUUGUCUGUCUCAGCCUGAUCGACCGAGGCGCCCCGUCCCAUUCGGACCUCGCCAGCAGCGCCGGCGGUAGCUCGGACCCGGACGUGGAACGAACGGCCGCGACCCCGACCGACGAGCACGAGCCACUGCGGUGGAGAUCUCUGUCGGUGUGCACCGUCCUCUACGCCGUGGUGAUGGGAAAUGCCGUCUCGUUCGUGUGUGACAUCAUUGUGCCGGUCUACACCGUGCGGUUGUUCGGUUGGAACAGCUUGGGGACAGGCCUCGUGAUGAUCGCCCUUCGCGGUCCGACGAUUUUACUGGGGCCCGGUGUGGGAAAGUUCUGUGAUCGCUACGGUGCCCGGUGGCCCACGUCCAUCGGGCUCGGGUGUUGCUGUGUGGGACUCAUCUCGUGCCGUCUGGUCCAAAGGGGGCAGAUGGGAGACAAAGUGGGACUGGUAGCCCUCUUGGCCCUGAUUGGAUGCGGCUUUUGCAUAGCGGACACCGCGGUCAUGGCGUUCUUCGCCAACAAGCGUGCCUCGGCGCUGGACUUUGCAAUCUACAACAUUUUCGUCAUGGUGCCCGGCGUUGUGGGGCCCUUUGCCUUGGGGGACUACAAGAAUCGAGGUGGAUGGUCACAGGUGACCACUCUCCUGGGAGUGGGUUGCGGCAUUGGCCUCAUCCUGUGCGGGUUCUGUGGCGAUUCGGCACCGGCGAAGCCUGCGCCAGACCCGGUCGACCCACCUGCGCCUGUUCGGGUACCGGGGCAAGGGAUAGAAGAUCAAGGCAGGAAUUCAGUCUGA